ACGAUGAAAUAUUUAUAUUCAUCCAUUAUUAUUAUUAUUAUUAAGUUUGCACUUGUUGUUAAUAAUAUGAAACAUCCUAAUUUUUUUCCAACUUUACCCGUCGGUGAAUAUCGAAUUAACUACAAAGCUAUCAUUAAAUGUAGUUCACCAAAAAGUGGUAUAGAAAGUAAUUUUUAUCUGAGUAAACUAUCUAGUGAUAGAGCUGAACUAAGAGGAAAUUUCACACUAAAAAUACCAUUGGAUGAUAAUUUAACAUUUGAUAUGAAUAUGGCCAUUAAAGACUCAGUUGGAGGCUGGAGAGAUAAUGCGCACUUGUUAAAAUUUCCAAAUGCUUGCUCUACAUUAAAGAAUCUUUUAGGAAUAGAGUGGCGACUAUUCAUCAACAGUUUUGGAAUUAAUAGCUUAAAUUGUCCAAUAGCUCCGGGAGUUUAUGAGUCAAGUGGUUAUGAUCUAACAGCCGCUACAGUAAAUUCCAGUUUUCCAAAAACAUUUUUUUAUGGAACAUACAAAGUUCGUUUUCAUUUUUCAGAUAAACUUAACAUUGCACAUGGUUGUUCGAAUUUUAUUUUAGAAAUAAAACGCCCAUGGGAAAUUGAAUAAAUUAUUUAUAUAUUUAAAAUUUAUGAAAUUUAUAGUAAAUUAUUCACAUAGUUAAUAAAAAUUAAAA